AUGCGAGUCUUCAAAUGGUCUCCAGAGUUCGAAGCAGAGAAGGAAUCCCCGGUAGUGCCUAUGUGGAUCUCUUUCCCUAAUCUGAAGGCGCACUUAUAUGAGAAAUCGACGUUGCUUCUAAUUGCCAAGAUUGUCGGGAAACCGUUAUUUGUUGAUGAAGCUACUGCCAAAGGCUCUCGACCAAGUGUGGCGAGAGUUUGUGUUGAGUACGAUUGUAGGAAGCCCCCCGUGGAACAGAUCUGGAUUGUAAUACAGAAUCGAGAAACAGGUACGAUGACUAAAGGGUAUUCACAGAAGGUGGAGUUCUCGCCUAUGCCAAAUUAUUGUUACCAUUGCUGCCAUGUAGGGCACAAAAACGUCGACUGCAUAAUGCUAGGUAAUAAGCCCAAGCCUCCUAGAUCUGGGAAGCUACAGAUCACGAGCAAGGAAAAGGCUUCUAAGCCGCAAUCCCUCAGACCCGAUGAUAUGGGGAAGCCUACGGGGUUAGAAGAAGGUGGAGGAAUGGUGCUUGAAAAAGAAAAAUCUGANAGGAGGAUGAGUGGGGCGCAGAUUCGGACAGACUAA